AUGUUGAUUGAGAGUUUUGACAUGUAUAAUAAUCUGGGUUGGCAUCUGUGGUCUCUUAGUGCGGCGCGCUCCUCUCGACCUGCAAGGAAGAACGACCGCCACACAAAGAUUCUUCCCGAUCACACUUUAUUGGAGAGCGUUUGGUUAAUGGAGUGCUGGAAGCGAGGGGAGGGGGCAGUGAAAGCGGCUGCUUUUUAUAGGGAAAGAGGUGCGAAUCGCUGGCUGAACUUAGCCUGCGGCCACCAGGCAAGACAGGAUUGUUACAGCUGUGGAGAGCUCCUAAGAGUGGAUUCAGAUGUUCCAGACUGGAGCACUAACGUCACAGCAGUGAAUGGAAUAAACUACACUGGAAUUUCAUUUUGUGACAUUGUGUUCUAUACCAUGAUUUUCUUUUCUCUCAUCAUUGGCCUGGUUGGGCUGGUUGGAAAUGCCAUAGUGUUGUGGCUUCUGGGAUUCCACAUGCACAGGAAUGCCUUCUCUGUCUACAUCCUCAACCUGGCUGGGGCUGACUUCCUCUUCAUAUACUUUCAAAUUGUAUACUCUGUUUGUUUUAUCUUAGAAAUCUACUCCAUUCCCACAGGAUUCUAUACAUUUUCUUUUGUUGUGUCAAAUUUUGCUUAUCUUUGUGGCCUGAACAUCCUCAGUGCCAUUAGCAUUGAAAGGUGCCUGUCUGUCAUGUGGCCCAUCUGGUAUCGCUGCCAUCGCCCAAGGCACACAUCAGCUGUCAUAUGUACCCUGGUUUGGUUUUUGUCACUGCUGUUGACUCUCCUGGACUGGACAGUAUGUGAUUACCUAUCUGGUAGUCUUGGCCUUGGUUGGUGUCAGACAUUUGAUUUCAUUACUGCUGCAUGGUUAAUUGUUUUGUUUGUGGUUCUCUUGGGGUGCAGUCUGGCCUUAAUGGUUACUAUCUUGUGUGGCUCACGCAGGAUUCCUGUGACCAGGCUGUAUGUGACCAUUGUGUGCACAGUGCUGGUCUUCCUGUUCUUUGGACUGCCCUAUGGGAUCUACUAUUUCCUCUUAUCAUGGAUUGAG